AAUUAUUUGCUCCAACGCAGCAUAAUUUGGAGGAGCACUCCAUUUACUUUGCCAAUUGGCCUUCAACAUGGCUUCCCAGCAUCGUGUACCGGAUUCUUAUAAUCAUAAACGCACCAAAUCAUCGGUAUUGUCGUUCAUGCACAAGAGAACCCCUUCUGCCGGAGCAGGGCUCUCUUCGAAUCUGCCCAGCACUUUUGUUGCUUCACCAGCAUAUGCAUCGGUCCCAUGUCUGCCUCUAGAUCAUCCGCACACAAGAGCUCUUGGUGAGCUUCAGCACAACCAGCAAAGUCAGCCGCCACCGCCGCCCAAGAAAUCACGAGAAGCGAAGCGUCCGAAUACAAGCGAAGAUGCCACGAAAGCAUCGCACAAGAAGACAUUGAGCACAAUCUCUUUGAAGACGUUUGGGAAGGAUUCAGAGAAGGAACCAAAGUCGAAGGAGCCCAAACCCAAUAAGAAGAAGUCGACCACCAACCUCUCCAACCUUCUCUCGCGUCCGAAAUCUGCAAAGAACCUUCGCAAGCAAGCUGAAGAAGAAGCUCGUGUUCAGAAAGACAAAGAGAACCGUACCCCAACAUCCAUAUCAUCUGCUGAAACGGCAUGUCCACCACCAAUUUAUGCCCAAUUCUCGAGUGAAUGCUUUGCCAAACAACCACUGGGAGGGAAGUUUUUAGAGGAUCAGAUCGACUUGUAUACCCCGCGAGACAAUGGGAGGCAAAGAGAUUUUCAUGCUGGUCCCGCUGGCCCGCCUACUCUCACAAAACAAGAUAGUGGUUUUCAACGACCAAAGUCGACAUACCUGCCAAGCAGUUUUAGCCUGCAGGAUAUUAGCAGGCGUGUUAGUUCAGGGUCAAGACACAGUGCCGAAAUUGUACGACGUGUAUCUGGUGCCAAAAGACCUAGCUUUGAAAGAAAGGCUACGGCGUCAUCGGCAAAGUCGGAAAAGACAGAGACACCAGCAGCGCAGAAGGGUCACCGAAUGAAGCCAUCCACUUCAUCUCCUGGCAAGAAGACUCCUACACCAGCUGAGGCUGGACCAGUGAUUCCGGACAAAGAUGUGGACAAGGAGUUUGAGGCUAUGCUGGACCGACGUAAUAUCCCCGAACACCAGCGUGGGAAGAUGCGGAGUCUUGCCGUGUCCAUGAAGAAAGAUUUUAUUAGACAGGACUGGGCAGAAAUUUCUGCUGCUGGAAAAGAUGGCAGGCCAGGGACCAACCGUAGUGAUUCAAGUGCUGAAGCUACCAGCGGUACCCAUGAUGUCCCGGAAGUUAAGACAAAGAGACCAAGAAGCAGAACCUUUACAUUGUCAAGGGCAUCUAGCAAAGAACCGCCAUCACCAGGCAAGAAGUCUAAGGAGGAAAUGAGUUUGACCAAAUCAAAGAAAUCUUCAGAGAAUCUGAAGGAUGGAAACAAAUCGUUGACAGCCUCAGGUGCUGCUGUUGCCCAGACACUGAUUGCAAAGGCAAAAGGACAGCUUACUGAUGAUUUUGUGUCCUACUUGAGGAAGGUUCGCAAGCCGGAAUUGGUUGAAGUUGGAAAAUUACAUAAGCUGAGGCUUUUGCUUCGCAAUGAGACGGUAGCAUGGACUGAUGGGUUUAUCCGGCAAGGAGGAAUGGAGGAGAUUGUUGGUUUGCUACAUAGAACUAUGGAGGUUGAGUGGAGAGAGGAGCACGAAGAUGCUUUACUUCAUGAGGUUCUCCUCUGCCUGAAGGCUCUUGCAACUACUGCACUCGCCCUUCAACACCUAGAUAGGAUCCAAGUCACUCUGUUCCCCGCACUCUUACACAUGCUCUUCGACGAGGAGAAGAAGGGGCCGAGCGAGUUCACCACACGCAACAUUAUCAGCUCACUCCUGUUUACGUACCUGAAGUCGGCUCCAAUGUCGGAACGAACCCACCGAGCUAAGAUCCUUUUGUCUUAUCUUCGUGACCCCGAACCAAGUGAGUCUCAACGACCGGUCGGAUUCGUCCUUGAGAUGCGGCGGCCACGACCAUACCGAGUCUGGUGCAAGGAGGUUGUCAAUGUUACCAAAGAAGUUUUCUGGAUUUUCCUGCACAACCUUAACGUAAUUGCUCUCCCUAAACCAACAACCGACCAUGGUGACCACUCUCAUCCAUACGGCACGCAGGCUACCUCGGACAGUAGCUUCAACAGCGCCAAUCCCCACCACAUCUAUAUGACGAAGCACUUUCCUAAAGAACGUCCUCCAGUACCAGCAGCACCUUACGUUGGCGGCGUCGAAUGGGAUGCAACGAAUUAUCUUGCCUCGCAUUUGGACAUUGUCAACGGUAUUAUUGCAAGUCUUCCUACACAAGCGGAGCGCAACACACUCCGAGAACAGAUGAUGGUAUCAGGUUGGGAGAAAUGCUCAGGCGGAACUCUCAGACUGUGCAAGGAGAAAUUUUACGGUGGUGUACAUGAUGGCUUGAGAUGUUGGGUUGCUGCCGCGGCUGAUGAUGGCUGGAAUACUCGCGACGUUCGAUGCGGGCCAUGCGUUGAAAGCAGCAAGAGUCCAGCGAAAAAGAGCCUCGCGAAGAAUACUCCUAUUGAGGCCGCGCCCAAGAUUGAGAUGAAAUUGGACUUCUUGAGUGGGGCUCAGAAGAUCAAUUCGCCAAUGAACGAUGACGUUUGGCUGUAGAGGGUCGCUACCGGUGUCUUUGUGUUGAUUGAUGAAUUUGUUAGGAUACGCUUGUCGUUGCUGGAUUACGGCCACACAGACUUCUCUUUUCUCUUUGUGUAAAGGGGCAUUGGGUGGACAGUUUCUGUUUUUAUUGAUGAUUCGCAUGCUUGCAUGAAGUAAUGACUGUAACGAUAUGAAUAGGCAGGCAUAAAUUGAUAUAUCAUGAAUCACUG